AUGGAGGCUCCGUUGGAUAAGACAGUUUCCAAGGAGUACAAGAAAUAUCUUGAGGCAGCGUCCCACGUGGUAAGGCUGGACACUCUGGGGCCUUUCUUUUCGCUGAACGAAUAUAACCUAUCUGGAGAAAAGAUUAAAACAUUCUCCAUAGAGCUUAAGGGAGAUGAGUUCUAUGUGAUCGACGGACAUCUCCUGCUAUACAGAAACGGCAUGAUUAGAAUAUACAGAUACGAUGAAAGGUUUAGAUGCACGAGAACAAGGAGCAUGGACCUCCAUCUCCUGACGUUUCUGGUAAAAAAGAAGGCCAUGAACCAGAGAUGCAGAUUCCUGUUCUACAAUAUACUGCUCCACCUCGUGAAGAACAACGAGAGGAAAUAUGACGCAAAGCUCAGGGAAAUAAUGUGCUACAUGUGCGUUGACUGGAUGGUUGAUGUGAAGUUUGGAGAUCGAAUGGUUUUGUGCACAUAUAGAAAUGGGGAGUCGAGGGUUUACAACAGCAGGCUGCAGCUUAUUUCCGAUAGUUUUUCGUGCAGAAGAGAGAAAGGAAUCAUGGAAUGCGGGGCCCAGAAGAUUAGAGUGACGAAGAGCUGUGUCGAAAUAGCCCGUGACGAUUGGUCUUUCAAAAGUCUGAUCUCUAUUGGGGAGGUGGUCCAGUAUAUUGCACUUGGAGACAGCCUGUUCCUUCUCACAAGAGACUCCAUAAAGAUUUUGAGCUUUGAGGAAUGA